GGGCUCGGGUUGUCCCGGCGCCCAGGGUCACCUUCCCACGGGCUGGCACCUGGGCGCGGGCGCUGCCCCGGAGCCGGCCUGCGGGACCUGGCGCCCAAUCCUGGGGGACCCGGUGCCGUGGCCCAGGGGCCGGGCCGAGGUCCCGUGGGCGGUGCCUUGCGGGCCCGUCCCGGGGCGGUGCCUGGUGGGCUGGCCCCGCGGCUCCUCCCCUCUCUGCGGGCCCAGUCGCCCUUUGGCCGGGCGAGCUAAUCAUCGCGGCUCAAUGACGACGAGGUCCGACCCUUUCCGUCCAGGACCUACAGAGACAACCGAAGGAGAGCCCAAGGCGGCUUCAUUGCUGUCGCCGCCGCCACUGAAGCAAGAGCUCCCCGGCUCCACUGAAACACCAGCUCAUCUAAGCUUUCCCCAACGCCCGGCCCUCCGGGACGAUACCUAACAACCACCGGCGCCCACAUUUGGAAUAGGCUGGCGAGAUACUUAGUAUCCGAGGGCUCGGAACUUGGGGCCAUCGAGGUCAUGGGGACCCAGGAUCCAGGAAACAUGGGAACUGGCGUCCCAGCCUCGGAGCAGAUAAGCUGUGCCAAAGAGGAUCCACAGGUUUAUUGCCCUGAAGAGACUGUAGGCACCAAGGAUGUGCAGGUUACAGACUGCAAGAGUCCCGAAGACAACCGACCCCAAAAAGAGACGGGCUGCUGCAAUCCGGAGGACUCUGGGCAGCUGAUGGCUUCCUAUGAGGGUAAAGCUAUGGGCUACCAGGUGCCUCCCUUUGGCUGGCGCAUCUGUCUGGCUCAUGAGUUUACAGAGAAGAGGAAACCCUUUCAAGCUAACAAUGUCUCCCUAAGGAACAUGAUAAAGCAUAUAGGCAUGGGCUUGAGGUACCUGCAGUGGUGGUACCGGAAGACCCAGGUGGAAAAGAAGACACCUUUCAUCGACAUGAUCAAUUCUGUACCCCUAAGACAGAUUUAUGGUUGUCCCUUGGGUGGCAUCGGGGGAGGCACUAUUACCCGUGGCUGGAGAGGCCAGUUCUGUCGUUGGCAGCUUAACCCUGGAAUGUAUCAGCACCGGACAGUCAUCGCUGACCAAUUCACAGUGUGCCUACGCCGGGAAGGGCAGACUGUGUACCAGCAAGUCCUGUCCCUGGAGCGCCCAAGUGUCCUCCGCAGCUGGAACUGGGGCCUGUGUGGGUACUUUGCUUUCUACCACGCCCUCUAUCCCCGAGCCUGGACUGUCUAUCAGCUUCCUGGCCAGAAUGUCACCCUCACCUGCCGUCAGAUCACACCCAUCUUGCCCCAUGACUACCAGGACAGCAGCCUGCCUGUAGGAGUCUUUGUGUGGGAUGUGGAAAAUGAAGGGGAUGAAGCUCUAGAUGUGUCCAUCAUGUUCUCCAUGCGGAAUGGACUGGGGGGUGGAGACGAUGCCCCAGGGGGUUUGUGGAAUGAGCCCUUCUGUCUGGAGCAUGGCGGGGAAACUGUCCAGGGGCUGCUGCUGCAUCAUCCAACCCUUCCAAACCCCUACACAAUGGCUGUGGCUGCACGAGUCACGGCAGAUACCACGGUAACCCACAUCACAGCCUUUGACCCUGACAGCACGGGGCAGCAGGUGUGGCAGGAUCUACUUCAGGAUGGACAGCUGGACUCUCCCGCUGGCCAAAGCACCCCUACGCAGAAAGGAGUAGGCAUUGCUGGAGCUGUGUGUGUUUCCAGCAAGUUGCGACCUCGAGGCCAGUGCCGCCUGGAGUUUUCACUGGCCUGGGACAUGCCCAGGAUCCUGUUUGGAGCUAAAGGCCAAGUCCACUACAGGCGGUAUACAAGGUUCUUUGGCCAGGAUGGAGAUGCAGCACCUGCCCUCAGCCACUAUGCACUGUGCCGAUACGCAGAGUGGGAAGAGAGGAUCUCAGCUUGGCAGAGCCCAGUAUUGGAUGACAGAUCACUGCCUGCCUGGUACAAAUCUGCACUGUUCAAUGAACUAUACUUCCUGGCUGAUGGAGGCACAGUAUGGCUGGAAGUUCGUGAGGACUCCCUACCAGAGGAGCUGGGCAGAAACAUGUGUCACCUCUGCCCCACCCUACGGGACUACGGUCGAUUUGGCUACCUUGAGGGCCAGGAGUACCGCAUGUACAACACAUAUGAUGUCCACUUUUAUGCCUCCUUUGCCCUCAUCAUGCUAUGGCCCAAACUUGAGCUCAGCCUACAGUAUGACAUGGCUCUGGCCACUCUCAGGGAGGACCUGACACGGCGACGGUACCUGAUGAGUGGGGUGAUGGCACCUGUGAAAAGGAGGAACGUCAUCCCCCAUGAUAUUGGGGACCCAGAUGAUGAACCAUGGCUCCGGGUCAAUGCAUAUUUGAUCCACGAUACUGCUGACUGGAAGGACCUGAACCUGAAGUUUGUGCUGCAGGUUUAUCGGGACUAUUACCUGACGGGUGAUCAAAACUUCCUGAAGGACAUGUGGCCUGUGUGUCUAGCUGUGAUGGAGUCUGAAAUGAAGUUUGACAAGGAUCAUGAUGGACUCAUUGAAAAUGGAGGCUACGCAGACCAGACCUAUGAUGGAUGGGUGACCACAGGCCCCAGUGCUUACUGUGGAGGGCUGUGGCUGGCAGCUGUGGCUGUGAUGGUCCAGAUGGCUGCUCUGUGUGGGGCACAGGACAUUCAGGAUAAGUUUUCUUCCAUCCUCCACCGGGGCCAAGAAGCCUAUGAGAGACUGCUGUGGAAUGGCCGCUAUUACAACUAUGACAGCAGCUCUCAGCCUCAGUCUCGUAGUGUUAUGUCUGACCAGUGUGCUGGACAAUGGUUCCUGAAGGCCUGUGGCCUAGGAGAAGGAGAGACUGAGGUGUUUCCUACCCCACAUGUGGUCCGUGCUCUCCAAACUAUCUUUGAGCUGAACGUCCAGGCCUUUGCAGGAGGGGCCAUGGGGGCUGUGAAUGGGAUGCAGCCCCAUGGUGUCCCUGAUAAAUCCAGUGUGCAGUCUGAUGAAGUCUGGGUGGGUGUGGUCUACGGAUUGGCAGCUACUAUGAUCCAAGAGCUCCUGCCUUCAGGCUUGCCUGUGGGUCACAGUUACCUCCUCUACUUGCUUCCCGCUCCUUGAAGGCAAAGACUAUACUGCCUCCAUCUAUCCAGUGGAAAUGGCUAUUCAGAGGGUGCUAAGUUAGUAUGUAUGACUGUCAUCUCUCCCAACAGGGCCUGACUUGGGAGGGCUUCCAGACAGCUGAAGGCUGCUACCGUACCGUGUGGGAGCGCCUGGGUCUGGCCUUCCAGACCCCAGAGGCAUACUGCCAGCAGCGGGUGUUCCGCUCACUGGCCUACAUGCGGCCACUGAGCAUCUGGGCCAUGCAGCUAGCCCUGCAACAGCAGCAGCACAAAAAGGCCUCCAGGCCAAAAGUCGAACAGGGCACAGGACUAAGGACAGGGCCUAUGUUUGGACCAAAGGAAGCCAUGGCAAACGUGAGCCCAGAGUGAACCGUCUGAACUGUGGGAGGAAAGCGCUAACAGCCCAGCCUCCAGCCUGGCCUUUCCUCCUUCCCCUCUGAACCUCCUGCAACCCUGAGCCAUCAGGACAAUCAUACCCCUUCCCUUCUCCCCACCCAGUUGUGCCAGUAAAUGGGGGUUGAGGGUGACCUAGGCAGCAUUAGAAUCACUUAUUUAUUUCUUUCCUCACCCGUUCCCUCACUGCAUGAAAUGUUCAGGGAGGUCAGUUGAUUUCCCCAGGUACAUUCAUGGGGUGAGACACAUGGGUACAAAUAAAAGACCCAGAAAGCCA